AUGUCUCUCCGGAGAUCCGCCCGGCUGGGCUCCAUCCCAACCAUCAAAACGCCACUACAAACCGCGGCGCCGAAGGUGACUCGAGUGCAAAGCAACGGCAUCACCAAACCUCGCAAAGUCUCCACAGCCAAGAAAGCAGCAUCUAAUGCUACUGAAGAACCACCGGCCAAUACAGGGGCCUCAUAUUGGUCUCCAGAGCCCCCUACAGGGUUCAUGAGCAACAGCUUCGAUAAGCAACUUACUGAUAGCCUCACGAACAACAGACCUCACACUCCACCACCACUCGACCGCCCAGUCGACCCUCACCAAACAAACGCAACCCUCCUCACUCCACACGGCUCUUCAGUAACAGCCUAUCCCGCCAAAACAGAAGAUGCCUCGCCCUCAAAGACCGGAAUGCCCGGCCCGUUGGCUACAACAGGGACAUUACUCGAGAAAGCCACAGCCCACCUGAUCGCGACAGACCCCCGCCUGAAACCAGUCAUCGAGCAGCACCCAUGCCAACUAUUUUCGCCCGCAGGUCUAGCAGAGCAAAUCGACCCCUUCAACAGCUUGGUCAGCAGUAUCAUCGGGCAACAGGUCUCAGGCGCAGCGGCGAAGAGUAUUCGGAAUAAGUUCUUGGCGCUUUUCAAUAUCACUGAUCCGGCGGGUGUGGCGCAUUCGCGGUUUCCUUUGCCCGAGGAGGUUGCGAAAUGUGAUAUUCCGACGUUGCGGACGGCGGGGUUGUCUCAGCGUAAGGCGGAGUAUAUCCAGGGAUUGGCGGAGAAAUUUGCGAAUGGGGAGUUGAGUGCGCAGAUGUUGGCGAGGGCUAGUGAUGAAGAGCUUCUGGAGAAGCUUAUUGCUGUGCGGGGACUGGGGAAGUGGUCUGUUGAGAUGUUCGCUACUUUUGCGCUUAAGCGUAUUGAUGUCUUUUCUACGGGUGAUCUCGGUGUUCAACGUGGUUGUGCAGCAUUCGUGGGUCGAGAUGUGAGUAAGCUGAAGGCGAAGGGUGGCGGUAAGUUCAAAUAUAUGGCCGAGAAGGACAUGUUGGAAUUGGCUGCCAAAUUUGCGCCGUAUAGGAGCCUUUUUAUGUGGUACAUGUGGCGGAUCGAGAAUGUGGAUGUUGCCGUCCUGGGUGGUUAA